GACUGUCGUUGCAUAUUUGUUCGCAUAGUGUUUGUGUUUGUGUAAUUUCAGCGGCUAUGUCGCCAAAUAAACAUAAUUAAGCCUUACAUUCAGUUGAAUGUCAGAGAACAAAACCCCUUUUUUAAACAAUACAUAGUCAAAGUUGUGAGUGCUGUAACACUGAACGCUACAUAACAUAACACUUGUUGUUUAUAAUUACUUGUAUUGUCACGGAUGGAGGCAAAAUUAAAGGAAUAUCGCUCUCUUCGACGUCGCAAAGAGCUCAUUGAAAGCGCGAAGAACAAGCUCGAGAAAUCCAAAAAUAAAUUUGUAGAUUUCAUCACUCCAAACUUCUUCAAAGAGAUGGAAAAGGCAAAAGAAGAUGAGGUGUUGUUGAUCGAAAAUGAAGAGCCAACAGCUUCCGAGUACCCUCUCCACCAGUUUGAAGAUAGUACAGACAUAGCAUCAGAAAUCAGUGAAGUAGAAACUGUGGUACCAGGAACACAAGAAUCUUGGCGAUACUUCAUCAUCAAAUGGUCCAUUUACACUGUAAUAUGGCUUACACUAUAUGCAUUCUUCCUGAAGAUACAAUUUGGUGCAGUCUUCUUUGUAUUUUCCGUUUUAAUUGGAAUAUAUUUAAAUACUAGAACAGGGCCGAAGAGAAAGGGAGAAGUGUCAGCGUACAGUGUAUUUAAUAAGGACUGUGCCAGCAUCGAUGGCACACUGAAAGCAGAACAGUUAAUGAAAGAAAUGAUGUAUGGUGCUGCUGUUCGGUGAACAGUGACUAUUCUAAUUAAGUAUAUAAUAUUUAUUA